AUGGAUCUCGAUCAUGCCCUGUCCACCUUCACCUUCCAUCACAUAUUCUUCCCUCUGAAACUGCCACAGGAAGCUGAACAUGACCUAGUUCGGCUGGAGAACCACCUGGUCGCGGCUGUGAGAGAUGUGCUGCAAGAGUUCAUUCAGAAUGUCAGCCCCGAGUCCCAGCAGCGAUGGGACCUAGCUUUGAGUAUGUUGGUUACCUGGAUGAAGUUGCAUACCGAGCAGGGAAUUUUGCAGAGUGGCUUAGAAGAAGCUAUUUCGAACCUUAAAUCUACCAGGGCUAUUGCGUGUCACAUCAGAGCCCAGAACUGCGGAUGGGUCGCCUUUUACGAUGCAGAAAAAGACAGGGUUCUCGUCGACGCAUUUGAGGUGUCCUCGGAGGAUGGACCAGUACUAUCCUCUGGUGGGCUCCUACGUCGAUUCCCCGGAGUUGGUGUAGCUAUCUCGGCAGACAAGCUCUCUGACCCGACAUUCUGCUCCUAUCUGGCCACCGAAAUCACUCAUUUAGCAUCCGAGGAAGUGUCUGAGAUGCUGCCGAAAAGCACAAAAGCGGGAACCGAAGUGGACGAAAUCCGGGAAACAACCCAUCCUGGCCUUGUGACAGAAGGCUUGAUGACACAACUUCUGGCACUCGGUACACAUCAUGAAGAAAAGAGGGUUUUAAAAUGUGUGCGAGACGAGGUAAACUGGAAGUCUGCUUUAUUACCAUGGAGGCGGUCUCCAGCUUGGCUCGUCAUCCGAGUCGCUCUGCAGUUGGUUCUUCGGCGAUGCUUCAAUGAAACGGAAGGGCGCCUUCAUUACAAAAACUUCAUUCUGUACUUCAUGGCAACACUGGCGGCAAGACAAAAUCCGUUCGUAGCCUCCCAUGAACUUGUGGAUUGCUACGAAAUCAUGCGUGCUCGGAUUGGCCGGCGGAUCUACAAGCUGGAGGAUGAAGAUGAAGUCUUUCCAUUUGUUGCCAACCGUGCACAUUCCGCAAGCAAGGAUCUGCUUGUCAGAUUGAUGUCUAUUAAAAAGCAGAUCAAAAUAUCCAACCGUGUGAGGAUUCCGCUGAUCCCAUCAUCACCUUCGCAAGAUGAUGUUCACCAAUCACUGCUUCAUUGCAAGGAAUAUCUUCAAGCGGCGAUGCGUUCGUCGCCUAAUCAAGUAAAGCCUACAAAGUUCUGUCGAACUCACACAUCCAACUUAAAAUGGAGCAAUGACUUGCCCAUUCCGAAGAUCGGGUCGAUCAUGGCUCUCAGUGAAUUUGAGCAAUGGGUUGAUGGGCACCUACAGUCCUGGUUCAUCAAUCAACCCGCUUCGAAACAUGAAGCAGCGUGUCGUGAACUUGAAAAUACCAUUGCGCAGUACUUUUCCCUCGCAAAGCCGACGUACGUCUCCAACCCACAAGCCACGUCAGUUAUGAUCCUUGUAUUGUUGGAACUGUGGGUAGUGCUAGACAAAAUGGCUCUACGAAUCUGUCCUCUGAUGAACAGGUUCUCUCCUGGAAUCCCCGAUAACUUCCUCGAACCUCUACUACUUCCCAAGAUCGGUCAAAUGAAACGGGCGAGGGAGGUCGAGCAGUACAUAAAUGUGCGGCAUAAGGAAUCGGACAAAACCAACCCUAGCAUCUUCUGUGACCCAGCACCAAAUUGCUUUGGUGUUCAGUUUUUCAACAGCUCCGAGGAGCACCAAAGGCUCGAACGCAGAAUUGAGCGGUCUGCCAAUACAAUUAGAGCAGCAAAGCAAGCGGAAUGGGAGAGAUUAAAUGCUAAAUACGAAAGCCUAUGCGAACAAGAGCAGCAACUGCCGCAUUAUUUUGACUACAAUGACGAUGAUGAAUACGUUCACCUUCCGUGGGAUUGCCUAAAGUGUUCACUGAACAAACAAGCCGAAUCUAUUUCCAUUCACGUUCAUGAAUGGCCACUCCCAACAAAAGAGAUUGCACGAAAAACCGCUGUAUUCGAGCUCAAUAUUCCCAUUUGGUUUGCAUCAUGGCGCAACAGUACCUGGAAGGUCCUCCACGAGCUUGGACGAACGCCUACAGUGACUACUACCGAGAUGGAAGUCGGAUGGCUUGACUAUACAGAGAUCCAAAACUUCACCACGAAACGCGGAUCGAACAUUGUUCUGGCCUCAGAUACAAAAUCGUGGCGCAAAUCUCACUACAGAUCGCACAGAUUCCCUGUUUCCUUCGAUUCGGUUUGCAUCCCAAAUGGGCUUCACCUGCGGCUUUUCGAAAACACAAGAAUUGCCUGGGUGACAAUGCAGACCAAUAAACCGAGCGUCAAGAGCAUGUGCACCAUAUAA